AUGGCUGAUGAGAAGCAAGCCUCCAAACUGAACGACGUUCCAGAGGAGCUUCCUCAAGCCAUCAAGGAAGUGGAUGGUAUAUUGCCAGCUGGCCGCGUUACACUGAAUGUGACCAACGCUUCGUUCACCGUGAAGCAGCAGAGCUGGGGGAAAGUGGUUGGGCGCGAGAAAGCCGAAGAAAUUCUGGAGACCAUGGGGCUUCUGUCAUGCCGCAACACGCGGGUGGGCAAUGAGUAUAUCAAGGGGCUAUCUGGAGGCCAGCGGCGGCGCCUUAGUUUGGCCGUGGCCUUCAUGAAGAGCCCUUUGGUCGUUUUCCUCGACGAAGAACUGGCCCGCAGUGAGGACGUCAUCAUUGCCUGCACAAUCCACCAGCCUUCGGCUAGAAUUUUUAAGGGUUUUGACAAGCUGCUUCUUCUCUCCAACGGCCGUGUGGCCUACUCUGGCCGUGUGGUCGAUGCAGUAGAACACUUCCGGGCCCUUGGCUUUGAGAUUCCAGAACACGAGAACCCAGCAGAUUUUUUCCUGGAUACCAUCAAUGCCGACUUCACGUCGAAGGAAUCUGUGCAAAAGGUACUAGGGGCCUGGGAGUUGCAACCUUUUCGCGUCGGAAGCGGAUCGUUCGACCUUGAUGCUGACAUUAAGAAGCACAUCGGCCAGCACCUUUUUGUGGAGGACCGGAGCUUUCGUGCGUGA